GGGAAAUUGGAACAUCUCCGCCUACGAGCCUGAGACAGACAGACACACAGGCGAGCCGGAAUAUACAGAAGCCAGAGUCCGAAUACAGAUAUUUCCUGAUCCUCCAUACCAAGACUGGGAACAAUAUACCAACUCAAAUCCCCAGUAUCCAGUUGCUUGCUCCUGCUCUUCCCACCAUCCCCGCUUAUCUAUAACCUAUUUCUAGGUUCCCAGGUUAUUUACUACACCCAGCGACACGUUCAUGUACCACACUUACAUGAGAUCCCACUCCUCCAUCUCUGUGUAGACGGGCAACUCGGAUAGCAGCCAUGGCGCUCAACCUGGAAAAGCAGUUUACCUUUUAUGGUGCCUACCACCAUAAUCCAGUGAACGUCGCAAUCCACAUCACAUGUGUCCCGGUGAUAAUGCUGUGCAUGUUCCAACUGGCAACAAACUCAGGCCCCGUCAUCCCUCUCCCGGACUCCCUCUCCUUCACGAACCUUCCCCCAAACCUCGGCACCAUAGCCGGCCUCCUCUAUGCGUCCCUCUACGUCCUCAUGGAACCUGUGGCCGGCGCUCUCCUCGCCCCUUUACUAGUCGGUGGCACUGCGCUUGUCAACCAUCUCACAGCCACCUACGGUUCCGCAGCGACAUACUGGGGCCUAGGCAUCCAGGCAGUCGCAUGGAUAGCGCAGUUUGUCGGCCACGGCGCUUUCGAGGGGAGAGCACCCGCAUUGCUAGAUAAUCUGGUGCAGGCGUUUUUCCUCGCGCCGUUUUUCGUGUGGCUUGAAAUUCUGUUUUCGUUGGGGUACCGGCCACAAUUGAAGGCCAGGAUUGAUCAGGCGGUUAUGAAGGAGAUUGCGAAGUUUAAGGAGGAGAAAGGGACUGGGAAGGGAAAGAGCUAAAUAGUUAUUUUGCUUUUCCCGUUCCCACAUCCCACCAAACUCCCUUGGCCGUUUUCUUUUUCUUUUAAGCCAUCAGGUGGAGGAUAGGGUGGCUAUCUGUUGUGUGCUACUUUUGCGGCCGGGCUUUUGUAUUCAAUAUAUACCCAGGGGUCAAGCGAGAGGUUUAUUGAAUAGUACGGUAUGGUAUGGUGUGGGGGUGAUUGAUGCGUGAUGGGAACAAUUGGAAGGAGGAAGCAGGAUGCACUGACACGACCCUUUCAUAUGUAUAUUCAUUUUUGGAGGGGCAAGAUUUCAUCUACCCGCGACUUCCGGAGUUGUCUACUCUCCUCUCUUCUCCAUGAUCGAUUCGGUUCUAUUACUCUCAAAACAAGUGGAUGUUUAUACGUGACGGAUAAUACUUUACGUGACGUUAGUUGAUAUUUUUAUAUAAUCUAGCAUAUGAUAUUGGCAUUUGUGUUUUCAAUUGCAAAUGCCCUUUAUCUAAUUUAUAUGCGUUUGAAAUGUAUCUUUUCUCGUUAUGCUCAUGACUAAGCACAACAAUGUCG